UCUAACAUUAUUUAUUUGUUAGAUUUGUUAGAUUGAAGCACUUGGUUUACCUUAUUUUGUGGCAAAAAGAGAAAGGAUUAAAACUGUUGAUCUGAUUGUUCUACUUUCACGUGAAGAUUUAAUGAACCUUAAAACUAUGUUUUGCUGUGAUUUAUGUUUAGUCAUCCGAUACUUCAAAACUUUUCAUCUAAUUUGGGAUAAUCUUAUUGUUUAACUUUUAUAUCUGACUGUACAUGUGAGGUUUUAUCAAGGGGAAAUAAUGCUCGCUCGACGGGGAAUAAUUUCUUUCCCUCUCUUCUAUGACCUGUUUUUGUCGAAUGACACAAUGGUAUCAAUACUUUUCAUGACUAUUGGCAAGAAGAACAAAAUACAUUAAGAUGUUUCUUUGUUAACCGCAAAUAAUUUUGACCACAUAAUUAUUACACUUUUACAAUGUUAUUCGUAAGUGGCAAGCAAUAUUCAGUGGCAAGUAUUCAAAAUAACACAUUGAAUUUUCGAUCUUUGACAAUCGUUAGAAAUCAAUAGUAGCACACGAUUCAUCAUAUUUAUUUUCUGCAAAUGAAAUUGAUCUCUUUUAAAAAACUCGUCAAGAAUAAUUAGACUUGAUAUCCUCAUUGAAAAACAUACGUGCAAUAAGAGAAAUAAGAAAGAUAUAAAAACACGCAAAAACAUUAGCUAUUUCAACAUCAGCGAUAACAUUAAAAAACGCGCUUAAACAUCUAUCUUGACUUACCUCGGAGUUUAUCUGCUCUCGAACCUUCAGUUCGAACUCUGAUAUCACGGAACAUAACGGUAAGAAUAGAAAGUAAUUGUUUCAAAUAAUAAGUAAUUGACGAAAGUAAGUGAAUGGUAAAGCAUUUAUAAUGCCACUAGAGUAGAUACAUAGCGAUACACAUAGCGAUACACAUAGCGAUACAUGUAGUAACGUGGUGUACAUACAUACUUGUCAAAUAUCUUUUGUUGCAGCACCUUGUCAGAUUUUUCAUAUUAAUAUUAGAUAUAUUAUUGAAAGAAAAUCUACGAUUAAGGAUAUUGAAUUAUCAAUUUGUUGAAAGAGAAAAUAAGUAAAAAGUAAUAUUUAUUAAAUAAUAAAGGUGGUAUGAUGUGUUAAAUGAUAACGAAAUCAUAUGUGUCACGCAUGCGCAAUUAAUUGUAACGUGUAGUGGAAAAAAUUUUGCCUAACCAAAACUGCCUAUCGUCGCUGCUGUUCGAAAAUUACACUAAAGAGGACCGCUACUAAAGACCACAUGGUUCGUGAUGGCCGAUAAAGCAAGAGAACAUUUGUUGCAACAAGUCAAAGAACAAGGUGAUCUUGUACGAAAAUUAAAAGCUGCUAAACUAAAUAAAACUCAGGGAUCUUCUUCAAAUAUAUUGCCUGAUUUAGAAACGUUGAACAAUGAAUUUGUGGAUAUCAGCUAUGUAUGCGGCUGGAUCCCUUCCUCGAAAGACAAUCAGCUUUUCAAUUUGUGUACAAGUUAUUCUAAUGAUGAUAUUGCAAAGUGGCCACACUUUAAUCGAUGGUACAAUAAUAUGAAAAGUUUUACUGAUGCGGAACGUUCAAACUUUCCUGCCUCAGAUGUGUCGGUUACUUCUUUCGCAAAGAAACUUGACAAUAUUGGUGAUAUUUCCUGUUGUAAUAAUAACUUGCUUGUCAAAAAGAUAGCUGACGAGGUUUCAAAGCUUUUGGAUUUAAAAGCUCAAUUAGGAGAGGAAAAUGCCGUUCAACAUAAACUCAUCCUUAAAACACCAAAAGGUACUAGGGACUAUAAUCCUGAACAUAUGUCAUUACGACUGGGAGUUCUUGAGAAAAUAAUUGCAGUAUUUAAACGUCAUGGUGCCGAAACUAUAGAUACGCCCGUUUUUGAAUUAAAGGACGUUUUAACAGGCAAAUAUGGAGAAGAUUCUAAAUUGAUUUAUGAUUUGAAAGAUCAGGGUGGUGAAAUACUUGCUCUUAGAUAUGAUUUAACAGUACCUUUUGCUAGAUAUUUAGCUAUGGGAAAAAUAUCUAGUAUCAAAAGAUAUCAUAUUGCCAAAGUUUAUAGAAGAGAUAAUCCAGCUACGACGAAAGGACGUUACAGAGAAUUUUAUCAAUGUGAUUUUGAUAUUGCCGGUCAAUACGAUCCUAUGCUUCCCGAUGCCGAAUGUAUUCGUGUAGUCUCAGAAGCACUGGAAUCUUUGGACUUAGGCAAAUUUAUAAUUAAAUUAAAUCAUAGAUCAUUACUCGAUGCAGUAUUUGCUACGUGUGGCGUUCCUCAAGAUAAAUUUCGAACUAUUUGUUCUUCGGUUGAUAAGUUAGACAAAACACCUUGGGAAGAAGUAAAGAAGGAAAUGGUAGAAGAAAAAGGACUAAACGAAGAAACUGCUGAUAAAAUUUGGAAUUAUGUAUCUAAAUCUGGAGGUGUUGAUUUAAUAGCAGAUUUAAGACAAGACGAAAAUCUAAUGAAGCAAAAGUCUGCAGUAUUUGGUUUAGAUUCUAUGGAAUUACUAUUAAAGUAUUGUACCAUUUAUAAAGUUAUAAACAAGAUAGUUUUUGAUCUAAGUCUUGCCCGAGGACUUGAUUAUUAUACUGGAGUAAUUUAUGAAGCGAUUUUAAUUGGAGAUGACGUUGGCGUUGGCAGCGUAGCCGGAGGGGGUCGUUACGAUAAUUUAGUCGGUAUGUUUGACAGUAAGAAGAAAACCGUGCCUUGCGUAGGUGUAUCGUUAGGUGUCGAACGCAUUUUUAGUGUCUUAGAAGCUAAAAUGGCGAAUGACGGUGUAAAAAUUCGAACAACAGAAAUACAAGUGUUUGUAGCUAGUGCUCAGAAAAAUUUACACGAAGAAAGAAUGCGCCUUCUGUCGGAUCUUUGGGAUGCUGGUAUUAAGGCUGAACAAGCCUACAAAAAAAAUGCAAAACUGUUAGCACAAUUGCAGCAUUGCGAAGAAUAUGGUAUACCUUUAGCAAUAAUACUUGGCGAAGGAGAAUUAGCGAGAGGAGAAGUCACCUUAAGAGAAGUUACCACACGAAAGGAAUUUCCAAUUCCAAGAGAUCAACUUAUCGACGAAAUUCGAAAGCGGCUACAAAACUGAAUAUAGCAAGCUAAUUAUUAUUUAUUUCUUUUUUCUCUCUCUCUCUCUCUCUUUCAUAGUUAGAUCAACA